AUGAUGCUACAGCACCAUGCUCCGUCACGCGCGCUCGGCACCGGCACCAGCGCUGCUGCGGCGCGUGUCGCGAUCAUGUGCACGCCGCGUCCCUACCGCGGCGCUGGCGCGCGGCCCGCGGCGGCGCCGCUGGGCAGCACCAUGUCGGUGGACGGUAUAGAGCUGCCUGCUGAGAUCAAGGUGCCAAAAGAGGCCAGCAAGGAGGGCAAGGUGCUGCACCCAGACCUCAUCAACCCCAACAUCCUGAAGACCCAGUAUGCGGUGAGGGGUGAGCUGUACCUCCGGGCGGACAAGAUGCGGCGCGAGGGGCGUGACAUCAUCUUUACUAACAUCGGCAACCCGCACAACCUCGGGGCGCAGCCAAAAACGUUCACGCGGCAGCUUGUGGCGCUGUGCGCCGCGCCCUGGCUGCUGGAUGACCCGCGGGCGGCGGAGCUGUUCCCGUCUGACGUAAUGCAGAGGGCGCGGAAGCUGCUGGGCACCUUCACGGGCGGGAUAGGCGCCUACACGGACUCCAGGGGCAACGCGGCGGUGCGGCGGGAGGUGGCGGACUUCAUUCAGCGGCGGGACGGCCACCCCUCGAACCCUGAGCACAUCUACCUGACUGACGGCGCCAGCCCUGGCGUGCGCAUCAUGAUCAACGCCAUCAUACGCGACAGGGUGCGCGUGUGUGUGUGCGUGUAG